ACCGUCUGUUUAUUUUCAUUUUACAGAUAACACGUUAUGCCAAAAUGUAGUUUUCAAUUGGUUUUAAUUAAUAUUUGAGGCUUUGAAAUGUUCAGUGGAAGAUUUUCUGGGGUGUUAUGGAAAUAUACUUUUUCCUAACCUAUGUUGUUUUAUGACUUAAGUUCACAAAAUGAAUAUAACUCAUGUCGGUCUUUUGACCGCGGUCAUGUGUAGCCCCGUUAAUGAGGAAAAUUAAAUUUUUUGAAUAGAUAACUAAGGCGAAAUUAAUUCAGAACAUCUAGUUUAGCUAUUUAACAAUGACGAAGUCUGUGACGCAGGUACAAGGCACAAAUGAUUACAGCAGUGUUUCUAAAUGCUCCAUGGUAGAGAGGGGCUAUUUCGAAGACGGUUUCAUAAAGUUGUUUGUGGAGAAGAGCAGCCGUCGCAGUCCCCUGAUCAACGUGGGCUACUGCGUGCGUGCCAAAAUAGUCGACUUUGUCUUCGAAAAGUUCCUGGGAGAAGUUGCAGAACAACCCGCCCAGAUAAUUUCAUUUGGCGCUGGCUUCGACACCAGCUUCUUCAGGCUUCUAGGCUGCGGCCGGCUGCACCCGGAGGUAACCUACUACGAGGUAGACUUCCGGGAAGUUGUGGAGAGGAAAGCUGCGAUAAUCCAGGCCAGCGAUGAUCUUUUGCAGGCCGUCGGUGACUUUCACAGCUCUAAUGAAUCAUUUGUAGGUGUGGUCCUACGCAGCAAUAGGUACUGCUUGAUUGGUUGCGAUUUGCAAGACCUCGAGGGCUUGGAGAAUGUCCUCAGAGGUUCGGGAACCGACUUCUCGCUGCCAACAUUGUGCCUAGCGGAAUGCUCCAUCACUUACAUGGAUGAAACAAGAUCAACAGCCUUAAUAGGAUGGGCCGCAUCGAAAUUUGAACGUGGGAUUUUUGCCACUUACGAGCAAGUGUUUCCGCAUGAUGCCUUUGGCAUUGUGAUGGCCGAGCAUUUCAGAAGUUUGAACUCGCCGCUGCUGUCCGUGGACACGUUCCCGGACUUGGACUCCCAAGAGAAGCGUUACGAAGCACAGGGUUGGCCAGCUUGUGUUGCCAGAUCUGUCCUGGAUGUGUUCAUGCACACAACCGACCAUGAAGAAAGGUUCCGUGUGUUUACUUUGGAACCUUUCGAUGAGUUCGAAGAGCUGCACUUGAAGUGCUUGCACUACGCGCUGACGGUCGCCGCCAGGGAUCCGCGGAACCGGCUGCUGUCGGAGGUGAGGAGCGUCCCGGGGGCGCCGGGUCGAGGCGUGGGCGUCGGCGGCUCGGACGGGGCGUGGACGAGCGACGGUGUCGGGCGGGACCUGUGGAGGUUCUGCCACCGGACGGCGAGGCUGGGGCGCGGGGACGGGUGCCUGGUGGUGGGGGGUGUCGGGGUGUCGCCGGAGGGGAAGCACCGGAGGCGGGCGGAGGCGUGCUGGCUGGCCGCGGGCGCCCCCAGCGCGGCGGGAGUCAGGUGGCCCCCGGGCGCGCGGCUGGACGUGAUGCAGCACACGGUCACGCCCCUCGCGGACGGGCGGGUCCUGCUGCUGGGCGGGCGCACGGCCCCGAGUCGCGCGGCCAACCCGGAGCCGGUGCUGCUGGCGCCCGGCGACGCGCCGAUGCUGGAUGCGCAGGUGGUCGGGCUGGGCCUGGAGGGAGAGAGCAGCGUCUGGAAGCCCCGCUGGAGGCACACCGCGACCGUGGCGUCCGUCAAGGGACACUGCCGGGUUCUGGUGUUCGGGGGACGAACCCCAUCACUAGAGGUACUGGACGACUUGUGGGUCCUGGAUGUGCCGGCGGGGAACUCGGCGCGGCGGGUGAUGCCGGUCGGUAGCGCGCCGUGGCCCGGUGCGCGGUGCUCUCACUCUGCGACGGCGAUCGGCGCGUCGAGGGUGGUGGUAGCAGGCGGGCUGGGCGCACGGCUGUCCCCGCUGAGCGAUGUGUGGCAGCUGGAUGUGGACGCUGAGGCGUGGAGCAGGCACAGCGUGGUGAUGCUGCCACGGUACGGCCACACGGCACACUGCGCCGGCGGCAGGCUGGUGCUAGUGGGCGGUGUGGGCACACUCGCCGGGAGGCAGCCGGGCGUCGCUGUCAUUGACACAGCUCACUGGACCUGUGUGGAGUAUGCUCUCCCGGCUCAGGAUCCAAGUUAUCCACUAAUGCUACAUAACCACUCUACAGAACUCUGUGGUGGUGGUGAUGACAUUCUCGUCAUUGGUGGAGGUGGCAACUGUUUCUCAUUUGGGACUGUGUUCAACAAACAAUUGACUACCUUAAAUUUGAAGAAAUUACUAAAUAUGCAUGCUUGAAAUUAAAAAUAUUUUUUGAAGAAAAAAAAA